AUGAGUGGAGAAUUUGAAUGGCCGGAGAGUUCUCUGCAUGUAUGGAUGAUGGUAUCACGAGUACAGUUCUGGUUAAUACUCAUCAUUAUUUUCGUUUCGGUUGCCGUCAUUGCCAGGGCUUUAAUCACAUUAUUCCAUCUGAAAAGAUCGUAUCACUUCCAAUUCCUCAUCUGGAUCGUCUUCGCCGAUCUUACCACGUUGCUCAUCAUCCUUAUAGACAUUAUGUCACAAUCACUUUUUAUUUCUAUGAAAGGUCCUAUUCUUUGUAAAGUUUUACUGUUCCUCUCAAACACUGCCGCGUGUUUCGUCAAUUGGGUAUGGUUUGUAAUGUUCGUACAACGAUGUGCAGCAAUUUUAUUCCCAUUAAAAAGAGAUCAUAGAGGAUUUUUCGGGAUCUUGCUCAAUACUAAGAAACUAAUCAUUGGUACAGCCAUUGUGGCUGUUAUCACUCAGAGUUGGCCAUUGGUGCUUGUUACGGAAAGGUAUGUCUCAACUGGUGAUGGCCUUAUAGCGGUCACAUGCGAGAGAGAUACCAAAAUAAUGAGGUUUGCUCUACAAUUUCUUGGAAUUUACCUACAAAAACAUAGCAUUCAGGGGUAA